GCCCCGUCAUGACCACUUGGAGCGGCCCUAUAAGUAGGUGUCCUGUAGGCUGGAGCCGCAGCCCGGUUCAGCGCUCCCACUUUGGGCUGAUCCCUCGGGGCCAAACGCGCCGCCAUGGACCUCGCUGCCAUCUACGAGAGCCUCCUGUCACUGCACAUUGACCCCCCAUCUGACCACGGAGGGACGGAGCCUUCGGGACUCUGGGGCCUGAACCCAGCGGACCCCAACCCGGCUGGGGUCACCUCUCGCCUGCCCGGCCGCUCCACCAGCUUGGUAGAGGGCCGCAGUUGCGGCUGGGUGCCCCCGCCGCCUGGCUUUGCACCCCUGGCUCCGCGCCCAGCCCCUGAGCUGUCACCCUCACCCACCUCGCCUACCGCGACCCCCACCACCUCCUCCCGCUACAAGACGGAGCUGUGUCGGACCUUCUCGGAAAGCGGCCGCUGCCGCUACGGGGCCAAGUGCCAGUUCGCCCACGGCCUGAGCGAGCUGCGCCAGGCCAACCGCCACCCCAAGUACAAGACUGAACUGUGCCAUAAGUUCUACCUCCAGGGCCGCUGUCCCUACGGCUCCCGCUGCCAUUUCAUCCACAACCCCAACGAGGACCAGGCGGCCACUGGCCACCCCCACGUGCUGCGCCAGAGCAUCAGCUUCUCCGGCUUGCCUUCAGGACGCAGGACCUCGCCGCCACCCCCGGGCCUGGCCGGCGGCCCUUCUGCUUCUGCCUGGGCCUUCUCCCCCUCCAGCUCCCCGCCUCCACCCGGGGACCUCCCUCUUUCCCCCUCUGCCUUCUCGGCUGCCCCUGGGACCCCCGUGACUCGAAGGGACCCCACUGCUACCUGUUGUCCCUCCUGCCGCAGGGCCAAUCCCAGCAGCAUCUGGGGGCCCUUGGGUGGUCUGGCCCGGAGCCCCUCGGCUCACUCUCUGGGUUCCGACCCUGAUGAGUACGCCAGCAGCGGUAGCAGUCUCGGUGGGUCGGACUCCCCUGUCUUUGAGACUGGGGUGCUGGGGCCACCCCAGCCACCUGCAGCCCCCAGGAGGCUCCCCAUCUUCAAUCGCAUCUCUGUGUCCGAGUGACAGGUGCCUGAUGACAUCAAACGUGUCUUUCCCUCCCCACAUUCCAAAAUGCAUUAAUUUCACAAACAGCCCCCCUUUCCCCUCCGGACCCCACGCUGGGGCAGGUCCCUGGUGUGCCAGCUCAGUGUUUAUGGUGUUGGGGGACAGUGUUUCCUGGGGUUCUUUACAGAUGUAGCAUACAGGGAGGCAGUGAGUCCCUAGCUCCCCCCCAUUCUCCCUCACCCCCAUUGGAAUCCUUAUUCUGGAAUCUUGAUGUGCUGUGAACAGUCGGCCCCUUCCCAGGUUUUCCUGGCCCCGCCGGGUGGAGUGUCCCCGAGGGAGACUCUUUGGUGCUUAAAUUUCCCUCCAGGAGCAAGUAGCCAAAGCUGUUGCCAAGCCCCUCCCCUUAGCCAAUGGGCCCUUUAUUUAUGACGACUUUAUUUAUUCUAAUAAGAUUUUAUAAUAUUUAUAUCUAUUGAGUCGUCUACUUCCCAUGUAUUUUUCUUCCCCUUUUUUUUUGUAAUAUUGAAAGUGAUGGUAUAAUUAUUGUUCUAAGUGUCCUAUAAUAAUAUAUGAAGUAAUAUAUAUAUUGGUACCUUAAAAGUCUA